UAUAAUCUUAUUCCAAUUUUCCAGAACAGUUGAAUUGAAGGAGGGAUGAGCAGCGGUAGCAGCACAACAACAACAGAAGCAUGGGUGCUGGACUUGCUGCCUGAGUUCAGAUUCCGUCCCUCUGAUGAGAAAAUGGUGAACCUUUUGUGGAAGAAGAUAAAUGGCAAGGACUACCAAGUCAUGCCUGAAAUCAAUUACAAGCCUUGGGAUUUACCUGAUAAUGAAUCUAUCCCACUUUUUCUUCGCUUCUUGAAGCAGCUGAUGCAGGGCAAGGCCUCCAUCAUUCCUGAAAUCGAUUUCUACAAGCACGAGCCUUGGGAUUUAGCUGGAGCAGGACUCAUGUUCCCAGAUUCUCCAUAUCAAGCUAGGACGUGGUUCUGCUUCAGCCGACCUGAUUACAAAUACGUCCACAGUCCUCGCCGCAACAGGCUCACAGAGAAGGGAUUCUGGAAAAUCACAGGCCAGCCACGAGAAGUGAAGUCUCGACAACUCUCCAAAUCGCUCACUUGCAAAAAGAAGACCUUGACCUUCCAUUUAGGUCGUCCGAAAAAGUCGAGCAAGACCGACUGGGUCAAGCAGGAGUAUUAUCUCACUCCAACUGACCCGGGUUCUAACCCCAAUCAGAUGAGUGGCCUUGUUCUUUACCGGGUCAAGUAUAGGUCAGCUGACUAUGAGUCUUAUAAUAACUGUGUGCUUGGAACUGGAAAUCUUAAUGAUGGUGAACCUGGUGGCUUUGUUUCAUCUGAUUUUGAUGAUAUGAUUCAAGAGCCAUGUGAUCAGCAAGAACAUCUGGAUUCACCUUCUCCUCCUCCUGAGCCGCCUCGGCCACACCAGCUACCUCAGUUGGGAAAUGUUCAUGGUAGUACUGGUGACUACAUUGCCUCUAAUUCUGAUAACCAAGCUGCUGCUAUCCAUCAUAUGAUUACAGACGAAGAAGAACUUCUGGCCUACAAAGAGCUAGAACGUGUUCUUCUUGGCAGUGGCAAUCCUGAUGAUGGUGAACUUCGUACCUGUGUUUCAUCUGAUAUGCUUAGAGAGUUAUGUGCUCAGCUAGGAGAAGAUCUGGAUUCACCCUUUCCUCCUCCUGGGCCACCUGAGCUGGGAAAUGCUCCUGAUGUCUGUACUGAUGAAUGCAGUAGCUGGCCAACCCCAAUUGAGGAUAAUGAUUCUUCUCUUCCAAACAAGAAUAAUAUUCCAACCAAUUAUUACGGCAAACCAGUUAGCAACACAGCCUCUGACUUCGAGAAUCAAACUAAAGAUGAAAGGAUUCCUGAGGUUUAUUCUCAAUCAGAAGAAAAUCUGCAAUCGUUCUUUCGUUCACUUGAGGAAGAGGAUUACACAUUGCCUUCCCCAAUAUUAUACGUGGAACAGGGAGAUGUUCUGCAUGCCAAUAACUAUAUUGGAUGCAAUGAGUCGCAAUAUGCGGCUCUUUUCCCACAUAGUUCUUGAGUAACAAAAACAUCAUAAACUCUUUCCAAUGACUACAACCUACCAAAAUCAUUGGAAGGGUUUAUGAUGAGGAUGGUGGAGUACAACAGUGACACAAACACUGAAGUACUCCAUGUAAAGAUUAUCUGCAUUAGCCACUCCAUUAUGGUUAAUGAACCAGAACAUUUUAUUUAUAGGAGAAUAUCAAAGGGGACUUAUAAACAACAAGAGCCCUUGUAAGAAUGUGUCUCAAACUCACAUUAUUACAGACUGAUAUUCUCCUACAAAUAUUUCACAAACGACUUAAGUUACUAGUCUGUCACACACAGCAAGGGUUUUGGGCAAUUAUGUCCAAAAUCCUUGAUGUGUGUGUAACCCCAAAAAAAACAAAAACAAAACCAAAAAAGAAAAGGGAAAAAAGAAAAGAAAAGAAGCAGCUGUGUCCCAGCAUUCCCAAGUUUUGGAAACUUCAACCUUAAUUGGUAGGUGAACUUGUUGGUACAAAGAAAGACCAGCAAAUGCAACUGGUUGAAAUGCCAUCUGGAACUCUCUACCUUUCUCCGAAUGCAACAAGUCCAGAUGAAGUAAAGAUGUCUUUUCUCAGAAGCAGUCUUUUGGAGAUGGCACUUCCUCUAUCAACACAAACUACAGAUAUUCCUCAGAUCAGUAGUCUUCUUCAACUAGUAUAUCUAUCCUACAAGUCGAAGAACACACAGCCUCCAUAUCAACCAAUAUCCAUUCACGUCUUCGCUGCACACAUGGGAGGUGCUCCUAGAAGAAUCCGAGUGCAGAGUAGUAUCACAACACAAGGUCAGGAAGCUGCAGCUCAUUGCGUUGCUGUUCAAACCAUUUGAAGCGGGCAUGGAAUGGGCACCAAAUUGAAGGGUUCUCUUACGUUCCUGGAAGCAUCUCCUUCAAGCCGUAAACCAAGUUCCCCCAUGGUACAAUAAUAUUUCAAUACCAAGUUCUAGUUGUAUAGUCUUAUAGGCUUGCUUUUGUUCUACAGUCAUGAUCAUUAUAGAAGUGGCACUAUACACAGAAGCUUCUGCUACAUGGAUGCUGGAGUCUCAGGUUACUAUAUUGGUAUAACCAGACACUAGUGUGAUGUUCUGGUUACUGAUAUAGAAUCUUUGAACUCCAUCCUUACUGGAGUAGUAGUUACUAGAUACAGUCAUUUCGAAAAUGUACUAUUAUUUUUGUAUUUGGAAGGUCUUAAACCUAUCAGUGACCUCCUACCAAAAAUUGUAUCC